GUACGAAACACUGCGUAUAAUUUUCAGAAUUUGGCGCGAGGUAGUUGCAUGCUUGAAACUGUACGCACAAUUUGAUUUUGGAUACAGCGAGUAUCUUUGCCCACCGUUUUGAAAGACUCUCGUUAAUGCCGGAUCAUGCUCACUAUCUUCAAAGACAGGAACUGAAAAAGUCACAAUGUCGGUGGCAAUGGAAACCACAGCCGGGGGGCCUCUCCCUCUUCCGAUUCACUUUUCCCAUGCGGAACAGUCCUUCUCCCUCAAAAAGCGCCGUGUACCUUUUUCCUCAUCGUCUACGUCCAACUCACCCUGCUCUUCCCCUGCCCGCCUCUCACAUACUCUGCCCCCGCUGCCACCGUCCAAGGGAUGUCCCCCUUUGAGCAGGAUGUUCCCCCAGCAUCCAUCCCCCUGGACACCCCUGUCUCGUUCCCUUAGUAAGUCCCCCCCUCUGAAUUCUGUAUACGAUCCCAGCAAACAGCAGUCCUAUUUUAGUCAGUGUUUCACUAAUUUGGGCCUGCUGGGAAGAGGAUCGUUUGGAGAGGUCUACAAGGUACAAAGCAACGAGGAUGGCCGCCAGUAUGCAGUCAAGCGCUCCGCUCAUCGCUUUAGGGGGAACAGUGAGAGGAACCGGAGUGUGAGAGAAGCCAGGAACCACGAACGCCUGUGUCCUCACCCUCAUGUCCUGCAUUUUGUGGCAGCCUGGGAGGAGUGUGGUCGACUGUACAUUCAGACAGAGCUGUGUAGCACCAGCUUGCUGCUUCAUGCUGAGAAUCAGCCUCCUGGCCCAGAUGAGCCUGCAGCUUGGGCCUACCUGUGUGACCUCCUGUCAGCGCUGCAACACUUGCACUCUCAUGGUUUUGUACAUCUGGACCUCAAGCCUGCUAAUGUCCUUAUGACUGACUCUGGACGUCUCAAGCUGGGAGACUUUGGGCUGCUGCUUGAGCUUAACAACAAGAGUACAGAGCCUGUAGAGGGGAAAGUGAAAGAGGACAUCCAGGAGGGAGAUCCCAGGUACAUGGCCCCCGAGCUGCUCCGUGGGCAGUAUGGACCUGCUGCAGAUGUUUUCAGUUUGGGUGUUUCUAUUCUGGAGCUUGCCUGUAAUAUUGAAGUUCCAAAUGGUGGAGAAGGCUGGCAGCAGCUCAGACAAGGCUGCCUCCCCUCAGAGUUUACCAGCAGCUUGUCGUCUGAGCUUCAGACAGUACUGCGGAUGAUGCUGGCCCCAGAACCGUCUGAGAGGCCCACAGUGUCUGAGCUCCUAGCCCACCCUUACGUUUGGAAACACCGGUGGAAAAGGCGCAUCCACCUGAUGGUCGCUGAGUCUGCACUGACACUGGCCUCCCUCUGCCGGCAGGUGAUGUGCUUUGGGUGUAGACUCUUGUCCUCCCUUCACUUGUCGUUUCUCCCUCAUUGGACCAAGCCAGUGCCCUGCACCCCCCCUAAGGAUAGCUGGGACAGGGAUUUAACUUUACCCCUCAGUGCCAUGCAGGCUGACUCGGGGAGCCCUGAGGAUGAUGUAGUGUUUCUGUUGGAUCACAAAGACCCAGAGCUUUCCCCCACGUUCUCACACAGGGUCAAAUCCAGACUGUCUAUGGAAAGCACAUCCACUCCUCUCCCAGGUUCACCAACACGCAAUCAUCGAAGUCCUGCCCACACUCGCUCAAGUAUGUGUGAUUGGUCUUCCUGUAGCUUAGCACAAACCCCAUCCAGCAUCCACUCAAAUGGUUCCUGCCACACCCUGACGCCCAGCGCGAGCCCCCUACCUGAAGAGCUUCACGCAGACAUCACAAAUGAAAAAUCAACGCACGGCCGACUUUCUUCAUCUGCCAAGUCCUCGCAGCGGCGUGGCCGCAACUGGGUCCAAGCGGAAGAGGCUUUACCUCGACCCAACUUUGAACCAAAGAACCUGCUCAGUUUGUUUGAGGAAACAACUCCAUGAGUAAAAGGCUGCCAGUUUACUUUCAAGGGCAAGGUUUUUUCACUUUAAAAUGUUGGGUGUUUAACUACAUGAAUAUACCAUUUUCACUACUUACUACGUAUGAACUGCUUUUGCCAUUUUGUAGCAGUGCUGCAACAGCUUCUUCUUGGGGAAAAAAAUGUAAGGGAAAAGGCUGAAUAUGUAAUCAGACCUUGAAAGCACUUUUUAUGUUUGUGUAAAUGCAAUCUGUUGCUGAAAUGACGAAGUCAUGAUGUGUUGUUAAAUACGCUUUUGGCUUGGUGUACUCUGAGUUAUUUACCUCAUGAGUUACAAACAAAAAUAAAACAUGGAGGGAAAGAGAA